GUGAGGUCUGAGUGUGGAGUGGAGUGUGGCGAUGGAGUAACUGCCCGCCUGGGUUGGCUGGUCACUGCAGCGAGGAAGGAGGACGAGAGCUCUGGCUGGGACAGGCGACGGAACUGGGGAUAGGGAGGGACGGGUCCUGUCCUCGUUGGCUCUGUGGACGCGGCCAGGAUCUGAGCCGCCGUGGACAGGGCUAGGCGGCCAGAGGGGCCCUGAUUUGCCUCUAGAGCCUGGAACGGAGAUGGAGGUGACCCCGAGGCAGCAGCAGGGAGAAGAAACGGAGAUGCCGAGGGGAGCUGCCGUUACCCCAGGAGACAACUGCAGAGCUGAGCUGCGACCUGGGGCCACUGCAUGUGAUCCUGGGCCCGAGGCAGGCUGCUGUGCUGAACUGUAGCCUGGGCACUCCUGCCACUGGGGCCCCCAGCCAGGUGACUUGGAGCAAGGAUGGGGAUGACCUGCCAGAGUAUGACCACCUGCAGCUGCUGCCCAAUGGCUCCCUGUGGCUGUCCCCACCACCAGCUCAUGAAGACAGUGGUACGGCAGCCCCUAUGGCCGUGGGGACCAUCGAGGGCCACUAUUCCUGCCUGGCCCAUGGCCCCCUCGGAGUGGUGGCCAGCCAGGCUGCGAUGGUCAAGCUUGCCACACUUUCAGACUUCUUUCUGCACCCGGAGCCUCAGAUGGUGGAGGAGAAUGGGACUGCUCGCUUCGAGUGCCACGUUGAAGGGCUGCCAGCCCCUGUCAUUACCUGGGAGAAGGACAAGGUGACGUUGCCUGACGAGCCUCGGCUCAUCACUCUUCCCAACGGCGUCCUCCAGAUCCUAGACAUUCAGGACAGUGACGCAGGCUCCUACCGCUGCGUGGCCACCAACUCAGCCCGCCAGCGCUUCAGCCUCGAGGCCCCACUCCGCGUGGCCCCCAGAGGGUCCCUGGCGGCCACCAGGGGACAGGACGUGGUCAUCGUGGCAGCCCCAGAGAACACCACGGUGGUGUCUGGGCAGAGCGUGGUGAUGGAAUGUGUGGCCUCAGCUGACCCCACCCCUAUCGUGUCCUGGGUCCGACAGGAUGGGAACCCGAUCUCCACGGACGUCAUCGUCCUGGGCCGUACCAACCUGCUCAUCGCCAGCGCGCAGCCCCGCCACUCGGGCGUCUACGUGUGCCGCGCCAACAAGCCCCGCACGCGCGACUUCGCCACGGCCGCCGCCGAGCUCCGCGUGCUGGCGGCCCCCGCCAUCGUGCAGGCGCCCGAGGCGCUGUCGCGGACACGGGCGAGCACCGCGCGCUUCGUGUGCCGCGCGUCGGGGGAGCCGCGGCCUGCGCUGCGCUGGCUGCACAACGGGGCGCCGCUGCGGCCCCAGGGGCGCAUCAAGGUGCAGGGCGGCGGCGGCAGCUUGGUCAUCACGCAGAUCGGCCUGCAGGACGCCGGCUACUACCAGUGCGUGGCGGAGAACAGCGCGGGGACGGCGUGCGCCGCCGCGGCCCUGGCCGUCGUGGUGCGCGAGGGGCUGCCUAGCGCCCCCACGCGGGUCACCGCCACGCCGCUGAGCAGCUCCGCCGUGCUGGUGGCCUGGGAGCGGCCCGAGCUGCACAGUGAGCAGAUCAUCGGCUUCUCGCUGCACUACCAGAAGGCUCGGGGCACAGACAACGUGGAAUACCAGUUCGCAGUGAACAAUGACACCACAGAGCUACAGGUGCGGGACCUGGAGCCCAACACGGACUAUGAGUUCUAUGUGGUGGCCUACUCGCAGCUCGGGGCCAGCCGCACAUCCACCCCGGCCCUGGUGCACACUCCGGAUGACGUCCCCAGUGCAGCACCCCAGCUCGCCCUGUCCAGCCCCAACCCCUCGGACAUCAGGGUGGCGUGGCUGCCCCUGCCCCCUAGCCUGAGCAAUGGGCAGGUGGUGAAGUACAGGAUAGAGUACGGUUUGGGAAAGGAAGAUCAGGUUUUCUCCAUCGAGGUGCCAGGAAAUGAGACACAGCUGACAGUGCACUCACUGCUGCCAAACAAGGCCUACAGAGUGCGGAUCUCAGCGGGCACGGCGGCUGGCUAUGGGGCGCCUUCCCCGUGGAUGCAGCACAGGACACCUGGGGCCCACAACCAGAGCCAUGUUCCUUUUGCCCCCGCAGAGUUGAAGGUGCGUGCGCGGAUGGAGUCCCUGAUCGUGUCGUGGCAGCCGCCCCCUCACCCAGCCCAGAUCUCCGGCUACAAACUGUACUGGCGGGAGGUGGGGGCCGAGGAGGAGACUGAGGACGAGCGCCCCCUGGGGGGCCGUGGAGACCAGGCUUGGGAUGUGGGGCCCGUCCGGCUGAAGAAGAAAGUGAAGCAGUACGAAUUGACCCAGCUAGUCCCGGGCCGGCUGUAUGAGGUGAAGCUCGUGGCGUUCAACAAACAAGAGGACGGGUACGCGGCGGUGUGGAAGGGCAAGACCGAGAAGGCGCCCACGCCAGAUUUACCCAUCCAGAGGGGGCCACCCCUGCCCCCUGCCCACGUCCACGCGGAAUCCAACAGCUCCACAUCUAUCUGGCUGCGGUGGAAGAAGCCGGACUUCACCACAGUCAAGAUUGUCAACUACACCGUGCGCUUCAGUCCCUGGGGUCUCAGGAACGCCUCCCUCGUCACCUAUUACACCAGCUCGGGAGAGGACAUCCUCAUCGGUGGGCUGAAGCCAUUCACCAAGUACGAGUUCGCGGUACAGUCCCACGGCGUGGACGUGGACGGGCCCUUCGGCUCGGUGGUGGAGCGCUCCACCCUGCCGGACCGGCCUUCGACGCCUCCAUCAGACCUGCGCCUGAGCCCCCUGACGCCGUCCACCGUGCGGCUGCACUGGUGUCCGCCCACGGAGCCCAAUGGCGAGAUCGUGGAGUACCUGAUCCUGUACAGCAGCAACCACACCCAGCCGGAGCACCAGUGGACGCUGCUCACCACGGAGGGGAACAUCUUCAGCGCCGAGGUGCACGGCCUGGAGAGCCACACCAGGUACUUCUUCAAGAUGGGGGCUCGCACGGAGGUGGGGCCCGGGCCCUUCUCCCGCCUGCAGGAUGUGAUCACGCUGCAGGAGAAGCUGUCAGACCCCUUGGACGUGCACUCGGUCACGGGCAUCAUCGUGGGCGUGUGCCUGGGCCUCCUCUGCCUGCUGGCCUGCAUGUGUGCUGGCCUUCGCCGCAGCCCCCCCAGGGAGGCCCUCCCAGGCCUGUCCUCAGCCACCACUGGGAACCCGGCGCUGUACUCCAGAGCUCAGCUUGGCCCCUCCAGUCUCCCUGCAGGCCACGAACUGGAGUCUCUCGUUCAUCCCCGUCCCCAGGACUGGUCCCCACCGCCCUCAGACCUGGAGGACAAGACUGAAGUACAUAGUCUUAUGGGUGGUGGUGCUUCAGACUGCCGGGGUCACUCCAAGAGAAAGAUCUCCUGGGCUCAGCCAGGGGUGCCGAGCUGGGCAGGGUCCUGGGCAGGCUGUGAGCUGCCCCAGGCCGGCCCCAGACCCGCUCUGACCCGCGCCCUGCUGCCCCCUGCCGGCACUGGGCAGACACUGCUGCUGCAGGCCCUGGUAUAUGACGCCAUCAAGGGCAAUGGGAGGAAGAAGCCACCUCCAGCCUGCAGGAACCAGGUGGAGGCCGAGGUCAUUGUCCACUCUGACUUCAGUGCGUGCAGAGGGAGCCCCAACCUCCAUCUCCGAGACCCGGAGCCUGAGGACCCCCUGCCUGUGGAGGCUCCUGGUCUCCCCUCUGGCACUGUGGAUCUUGGGCCUGGGACAGACUGGCUGGACCAGGAGCUGGGGGGGUGUGAGCAGGUGGCCACCAGGCCAGACCGACUCACCUGCCUGCCUGAGGCAGCCAGUGCCUCCUGCGCCUACCCGGACCUCCAACCCGGCCAGGCUCUGCAGGAGGCCCCUGGUGACAGCUGCCAACCCACAGCCACCUACACUCUAGGAGCCAGCCCAGGCCUGCCCAGAGCCCCCGUCUCCUCCUCUGCUUAGCUCCCCUAAGGGGAAGGUGUAGUUUGAGGGAGGCUGAUAGGGCUCAUGGGAUGUGGUGUCCAGGGCCAUGAACACAGGUGUCCCUGCAGCCCUCAUCACGCCCUUUGGAGCCUCCCUGGAUGGAGGCCCCUCUGGCUGAGGAGAAGAAAAAGAGUGGGCUUGCUUGUUCCUCCUAUGCUCUUUGCAACACAUAUGUGAUACAUGAGAGACAUGUGAGACACUGCUACAUGUGAUAUGCAUGAGUGUGAAGCCACAUGUGUGUGUGGUGUACUGUUCAGUGAGCUGGGCAGCCUCAGCCCGGGUGGUGGUCAGGCCCAGUGACCCUCUGGGUCAGGACAGUGCCUCAGGGUGGUCCAUCCCUGCAAUCUGGGCCCCCGAAGCCCGGUCACCCAGCCUUUUAUUACGCACUCUGAGAGUGUCUCCAGUGCCUGUCUGACAAAGACAGCCCCGGCCCACUUCCUGUGCGCGUGGGCUCUGCAGGCCUAACAUUUCAGCCGCAUCGCCUUCAUCUCCCACAUGCCCAUGGCCCAGAUUGAGAGAGUGACCCUGGCUGCCCUCGGAGCAGCCCUGUGUCAGACUGUGUAAUUUGGGGAGUGCCUGGCUUUGGAAAUCUUUGCCUCAUCUUCCCCUCCUUCCUUUCUCCUCGCUGUCUCCAGGCCACCUUGCCGUCCCCAUUCUGGUUCCCAUCUCUGCUCCCUGGUAUCUCUCCUUUCCUGUCUCCUGUUUCUCUCUUUCUGUCUUCUGUCUCUCCUGCCUCUCCAGACUGCGACAUGUGAUUUCUCCUGCCUGGGUUCAACCUCUGCAUCUUUCCCUAACAACAUGACUACCUCAUGUCUACUUCCAGGCCAUAGUGCGACACCUGUGUCCCCUCCCCCGGGCCCCCUGCCAGCCCCUGUCCUCUGGCCACCACCCCCAGCCCUCCCUUGCCUCUUUCCCCUGGGGAUCAGGAUGGGAAGGUUCUCCUUGGAGGGGAUGAAUCCGGGUCACACAGGAAGUUUUGAGACCGGAAGUUUCCAUGCCUUCCGUGCAGGGAGACAGGCUUGCUGGACUGGGGUGGUUCUGACCUUUCAGGAGUUCUUGCCCUGCGCUCCUUGAACCUGACUGGGAUGCUGAAGAGAGGUCGCUCUUCAGAAAAAGGGUGACUGGCUCCUUUUGUUUUGUUCUUUUCUUUAAAUUGAAUCCUGAAAUCACUUUCUGCUGAUCUGCCACACAGGGACAAGCUUGCCUCCUGUUUCCUGUGUAGUGAAAAUGAUGUCAUUUACUCGAUCCCUCACUCGAUCCUAGCCUUCUCAACAGCAUAGACUGUGGGGUCUUUGCUCCCUAACUGAUCGGCACCUCAAGAGUUAACUCUGGCUACUGAGCCAAAUUAGAAAUAACCAGUGUAUCUUUCCUUAGUUUUUUUUUUUUUUUUAAAGUGGUGAAAUGUCUCUCCGCAGAGUCGCAGAUCCUGAAAGUAUCUGUGUUUAUUACGAUCGGGUGUCACUCACGUUUGACAUCCUCACCUACAUUUCCUCGCCCCCCGCCUCCUCCAGUCAGCCUAUGAUCACACUAAAGAUUAUUAAUGUCGCUUUUGUAUCUCGUUAAAGACAGAAUUGUCACUUGUACUGUUUCUGUGGCGCUCAGCUUGGCUGUGGCCAACACCACAAUAUGUUUCAUCAUCACUCUGAAGGUCAAAAGCCUCAUUUUAUUUUGCUGGUUUGAUUUUUUUUUUUUUUAAGCAAAAAAAACUGCCUUGAAUUAAAUGGCUGUUUUAACAGUAGGCUCUUAGCAUUACACCACAUCGUCAUUUUUCAUGUUCUUGUUUAACAGGCACUGAGGUUCUGGUUUAAAUUAAAUAGCUGCAAAUGAGACAAUUUAUAACCCAUUAGGUUGGGUGGAAAAUUGUUUCUCAAAAGCAAAUAAGUAAUAAAUCUGGUAUCUGCCUAUAACUCACAGUUGAUAAGAAAGUGGCCAUUACUCACUAGCAUUAUAUAUGAUUUGGGCUCUGGGUAAUUUGGAAGUGUUAGGCUGGUGUCUUUGUAGCAGUAUUUUUAUUAGAAAAGAGUCUAUUGGCCUUUUACAGGGUAUUAAUCCCUGUGUCACCUACCAUUGAUGCCUUAAGUUUUUUGAGUCUCAUUUAAAUAUCUUCCUUUUCUUGAUGCAUGACAAGUAAUCGGUACCUGCUCAUUUAUUUGUCUGUAUUUAGUUUAUGCUGUAUUAUUUAAUUAUUUUCCCAGCAUUUUUUCCCUUACAGAUAUGAUAUUCUUUAGUGUUCAGCAAAGGCAUUGAUCAUGUAUCUAUCCUUAUAAUGAAUUAAUAAACUAUUUUCCAGACUUACGUGA